AUGUUUGCGCUCGCUCGUCUUGCACGUGCUGUACCUGCAUCAUCUUACCUCCCUCUAGCUCGUUAUGUAUCGUACAUUGCUCCACCACGUGUCCCAGUUGAUAAAAGCUACCGCUUUGGUCUGAAAUUAGACGAUUUGAAGCCGCAGGAUGAAAAAGAAGAAGCCGCGUUCGAGCAACUUAAGGCCGUCUUGAGUCUACGCAAUGCGUCACAACAUGAGCUGAAUAAAGCACAAGUUGCUAUAGCAAUUGAAACAUUUCAACGGUUUCCAGGUGAUACAGGCUCAAGUGAAGUACAAAUUGCAGUCCUUACGCAAAAGAUUUUACGCAGUACGACGCAUGCUCAGGGCCAUAAGAAGGAUCAUCAUUCACGCCGAGGAUUGAUUGCCAUGGUCGAGAAACGACGAAAACUACUGAAAUAUCUUCGUCGAAAGGAUUUGCACAAAUUUCGUGAUGUGGUAGCGGCGUUGGGUCUUCGAUUUACGUAA